CUGAUUGGCCAGCAUCUUGACUACGGAAAUCGGUGUGCUGCGUUUGGCUGCUGUUUUAGCGUUCAUGGAUAUGAAUGCUGUAAACAUGUGGUAAUUUUUGCAUAUUUCAUAGCGACACAAUAAAGCAAUUAAAAAAGUCUACAGCUUUUUCAAAAUGGAAGCAGAUGGUGGUGCCAAUGUGAGAGAUGAAGAUGUGCCUCUUCAAAACCAAGACCUGAGUGUUGUGCUGACGUCAGUUACUGAGGUUCUGUCUGACUAUGGCUGGUAUCUUUUGUUUCUCUGUGUGGGAGUCUACCUCCUUAUCCAGCAUCUCAGUAAGAAGCGAUCCAUUCUGAAUCAGAGCCAACCUGGCGCAGUGGUGAACCAAGACCCAGUAUCUGUGGUGAGACGUCAGGAAUCCCUUGAGGCAUCGAGGCAGAGAAUGCAGGAAGAACUCAAUGCCAGAGCUGAAGAAUUUAAAGAGAGGCAAAAAAGGGUUGAGGAGGAGAAAAGAAGACAGAAAAUUGAGAUGUGGGAGAGUAUGAAGGAUGGAAAGAGUUACAAAGGAAAUGCAAAAGUUGCACAAAACACUGAAGAAGCCACUUCCUCCACCGUUUUGAAACCAAAGACAGAUAAAAAGCUCCGUAGUGGUGGAUAUAAUCCUCUUGCAGGAGAUGGAGGAGGAACUUGCUCCUGGAGACCAGGCAGGAGAGGGCCUUCCGCUGGUGGAUGAGGUUAAAUGAGGGUCAGACUGAUCCUCUGACCCUUUGACAUAGGAACACACAAAUAGUAACUGAAUGAAGCUGUCUGCAGUCUUUAUAGUACAUAUGGUUAUUGUUUUUAUUUUCGCAUAGUAGGCUGGGAUCUCAAUAGUUUGGCUGGCUCCCAAUACACAUAGUAUGUAAUGCAGUUUGGGUGUUUUUUUAAGAGAUAAGAAGUAAGAUCAUCAGUAAAAAGUAAAUAAAGUAAUAUUUUAAAAGAUACAGUACAGUAAACAACUAUACCUAAAGUUUACACAAUUAAGUCAUAGUUAUAAGUUGUUCUAAAACCAUGUGCUGUUAUAUUUUCUGUUGAAAACAAAGGAAGAAAUUGCGGAGAGAAAGAGACACGACAAACAAGUAGACUAUGACUGCAUUUCAAGUCUAAACUGAUCUAAAUUUAUUUUGGUGGUUAUUACUGAUUUUCUCCAUGCUUUAAGAAUUUAUUAUCUAUAUAUGAUUGACAGCUUCUAAUGAUGCCUCCUCAUCAAAGGUAUUAAUACUUGUGGGGAAGGCUGAUGACUUUCAGUUAUGAAACAUGUUCCUGUGUUCAACCCUUAACCUUUUUAAAUGCUGUGCUAUAUAGACAUGCACCCUAAAAAAAUGGCUGACCCAUAAUGAGUAACUAUUGGACAGAACACAUGCUGGGUUAAAAAUUACCCAAUGUUGGGUUGUUGUUAUGCAACCAUGGGAUAUAAUAACCAAAUAGUUGGGUUAAAACAACCCAGCAUUGGGUCAAUUAUAAACCAGCGGUGUGAUCUGUCCAAUAUUUACCCAUUAAGCCAUUUAUAGAGUGUGUAUAGUAAUAUAUACAACGUGCUACAUUUAUAUAAUUUAAAGUGUUUGUAUUCUGUUACAAGUCAGUUUUACUACUAAUCAAAUCAUGCACUUAAAAAAUAUGUUGUACAUGGAAGGAGCUUUUUGAUGUUUUCUGAAUAAUUUGUGUAGAAAAUAAAGUUAAGGAAUUCA